AGUACCCACGAAAGUCCUUUCCCUCGUAGAGCGUGGCCUCAAGGGAAACGACACCUCGGACAAUGAGGAUAUAUGGCCUUUUGUUUGGGAUUUCGCCGGCCAGGCAGUAUACCAUGCCAUUCAACCAAUUUUUCUAUCGCAAGAAGCCAUAUAUGUCUUAGUGUCAGAUCUUACUAUGGAGCUAAGUGCUCCUGCCCAAUGUCGGAUAAGACCGCCUAAUCACGAUGAAAUAGUGGUAGACUCGCCUAACGUCGAGGACACUAAUCUCGAUCACAUGAUGAGAUGGCUGGACUUGGUUCACUCUUUGGGACAGCCAGAGCUUCAAAGAAAGUCGGCAGAUACUAACCAAGUUUUGCCUCCAGUGGUGCUCGUGGGUACACAUGCUGAUGGUGUAAAGGAUCCUUGCAAGGAAAUGGAAUCUGUGAAGGAAAUCAUUUGCAGCAUGGCUCAUCCAGCAACCUUAGACCAUAUUUCAAAAGAAUCAUUCUUCAUAGAUAACACAAAUCCAAACAGAGAAGACGACCCACAGAUCGUUUCUUUGCGUGCAGAAUUAUUGAAUCUGGCUAGAAAAAUGCCACAUAUCAACAAGGUAAUCCCUAUGCAGUGGCUCCGUGUGGAACAAAAGGUCGACGAAAUGGUGAAAAAAGGGAUGCUUUAUGUUGGUAAAAAGCGUUUUGCAGAGGACAUUUCUAGAGGCAUUUGCCAGUUAAAUGACACAGAUGACGUCGAAGAAUUGCUACACUUUUUACAAGCUCGUGGAAGAGUUAUCUACCAAGAUCUCCCUAAAAAUCCAGAUGGUUUGGUCGUGCUGGACCCGCAGUGGUUAAUUAAAAUACUAUGUGAGAUAAUUACGGUGAGUCCACCAUGGAAAAACCACCCUGUCAUUCAGAAAGAUUACCAAGUCCUUGGAAAAAAGGGACUACUUUCGCAGAAGUUGCUAAAUCGAGCGUUUGAACACCUUCAAUUGAAUGAUAUUAGGAAUUCACUGAUUCAUAUCAUGGAAAGCUUUGAUGUUAUAUGCAACUCUAAGAACUGCAAGGGGGAAGAUUACCCUUAUUUGGUUCCUUGUAUGUUGGAAUCACCAAAGAAGAAUACGAGAGGCACAAACAUGCGCACUGGCCCUUUGCCCGUAUUUCUCACAUUUAACACCAACUACGUUCCAAGUGGGCUGUUUUGCAGACUGGUUGUACAUUUUUGGGAAUGGGCCUCACAAUUAUGUGGCUCCUGUAUAGCCCCCUCGUUGUUUUCAAACGCCGCCCGAUUCAAUGUCAGUAAAGAGUACCAGCUCACUUUAGAGUGUCACAAAACUGUGAUCAAGUUGAUAAUCUGGAAACCGCGAGACUCGGAUAGAAUGGAAGAGAAAAGAAUCUGUGAAGAUUUAUUGAGUCAUCUGGAGCGUUGCAGGACUAGGCUAAGCAUCACCUGUCCGUGGCUACGAUCAGUUACGAUGGAAUUGUUCGUGAAAUGCCAGUUGUGUGAACCUUGUCCGGAUAAGUGUCGUGACAGAACCAAUAUUUGCAUAUUGCACAAAGAGGAAGGCUGCUCUCAUUUUGACUGUGGCCACUACAUUCCAUUAAAAAGCUUUGGCCUGAGUUGUGAACACUCUGUUGAUGCUGUUCCCUACUAUCCUGCAGAAGAACUGGAUCCUUGGGUUCAGGCUUUGGAAUCCAUUGAACGUAAGAAACGAACUGGUGGCCGUAAUGGAGAGUCGUCUCCGUGUGACGCCUUAACUCCAAAGAAAGGAGAAACUCGUUUUGAAGUCAAGCAAGGAGUUCCCAGUGACAAGGAAUUAGAGGGGCUUUCGCGCCAACUCGAAAAUUGGGAGGAACUCGGGCGUCGUCUCGAAAUUGAAAAAGCAACUUUAUCGGCGUUUGACGAUGACUAUAAGAAAAAGCGUCAAAAAAUCUACAAAAUGUUACUACAUUGGAAACAAAAGGAUGGCUCAGCUGCAACGUACACGGUCUUAAGUGAUGCAUUGUGUCAUGAAUUUGUUAAUCGCACAGAUUUAGCUGAGAAACUUUGCUGUCAACAACAUGAAUGACUGUUUACUUUGUUGACUCAUAGAAAGCUUUUAUUUCUAUUUUUACUAAUUAUUCCACUGUCAAAUGAACAUGUAUUCCCAAUAUGGCUACACUAUUACAAUGUGAAGUACUGAAUCAAUAAUCUACCUUUUUCUCGUGGGAUCGUUUUUCUUUUCUUUCUAUACUUUGAAUGAAAAACGUCGUGAUAAAGUAUAUUGCUAGUUAUAACCCACCCAUCACUUUUCGCGCGACUCUAUUGGCUACUUUAUGACACGUGGUGCAUCGGGUAGUUUUAACAAAAUAACCACCAUUUACGUUCAUAUUUGUCCCCCGAUUAUUUCCUUCGAAAAGAGAUAAAGUCAGCGGGAAAAAAGCCGGUUUAGAGUUUCACUUUUUUAUCUUCAUUACUAAACAUUUUGUGGAGUUCACUGGUAGUGAUAUUAAAAAGCUGAUCUUAAAUGCUGGUCCAGAAAGUAAAAAAAAGUCAACAAAAUUUUUGUUGUCAACGUGCGAUACGAAAAUUAAUGGGAGGGUUAUGAAUUAAAUAAACCCACUUCUUGUAUGCUGGUAUUUCGGGUGAUAAUUUCCUUGAGAGAGAGAUUGUCUUGAAAUUUUUACCGUUCAGCCUCGAAGCUUCGCUUAUCAACCAAAAAACUCUAUUUUCGGAUAUCAGCUUAGUCGCAGACAUGAUCGGCCGAAAUACUAGUCGCCAGAAGAGGUUUACGUACCAAACAUUCGCUGAGAUGCUCUAUCAAUACCAGUGCAGUGUUGUCGAAGGCAUACGGCAUGUUACGCAUUUGCAUCAGAAGUGAUAUCUAUACGUACUGCUCAUGCAUUCUUCCUUCAAUUGUUUGACAGAGAGGUUUGAUGUGAAUCCGAAAUUCAGCGUGUCAAGAAUCUCACGCCGAUAACACGAAUGUAUGCCAUGUUUUGUAGGUAACACUGAGUUUCUACCAUAAAAG